GGAGGGGGGACACAGAGGGAGGAAGAAGCGGCGGCGGCGGCUCCUCUUUGCAGAGGUGGAAACUCCGAGGGAUAAGAGCAAAGAAUAAUGCGGUAGGCUAGGCGGGCUGCUCGCUCCCGGCUCCGGCAAGCAGCGGCAGCAGCCCAAGCAGCGGCAGCAGCAGCAGCGGCAGCACCGUCAGGCGCUGACAGCCCCGCCGGCCGGCUCCCUCGCUGACCGCCGACUGUCAAUGGAGCUGGAAAACAUCGUGGCCAACACGGUCUUGCUGAAAGCCAGGGAAGGAGGCGGAGGAAAGCGCAAAGGGAAAAGCAAGAAGUGGAAGGAAAUCCUGAAGUUCCCUCACAUUAACCAGUGUGAAGACCUCCGAAGGACCAUAGACCGAGAUUACUGCAGUUUAUGUGACAAACAGCCAAUCGGGAGGCUGCUUUUCCGGCAGUUCUGCGAAACCAGACCUGGGCUAGAGUCUUACAUUCAGUUCCUGGACUCAGUGGCAGAAUAUGAAGUUACUCCAGAUGAAAAACUGGGAGAAAAAGGGAAGGAAAUUAUGACCAAGUACCUCACCCCAAAGUCCCCAAUUUUCAUCACCCAAGUUGGACGGGACCUGGUCUCUCAGACGGAGGAGAAGCUCCUUCAGAAACCCUGCAAAGAACUCUUCUCGGCCUGCGUGCAGUCUGUCCACGACUACCUGAGGGGAGAACCCUUCCACGAGUACCUGGACAGCAUGUAUUUUGAUCGCUUUCUCCAGUGGAAGUGGUUGGAAAGGCAACCGGUAACCAAAAACACUUUCAGGCAGUACCGAGUACUAGGAAAAGGGGGCUUUGGGGAGGUCUGUGCCUGCCAGGUUCGGGCCACGGGUAAAAUGUACGCCUGCAAACGCUUGGAGAAGAAGAGGGUCAAAAAGAGGAAAGGGGAGUCCAUGGCCCUGAAUGAGAAGCAAAUUCUGGAGAAGGUCAACAGUCGGUUUGUGGUCAACCUGGCCUACGUAGAGACCAAGGACGCACUGUGUUUGGUCCUGACCAUCAUGAACGGCGGGGACCUGAAGUUCCACAUUUACAACAUGGGGAACCCUGGCUUUGAGGAGGAGCGUGCCCUGUUCUACGCGGCAGAGAUCCUGUGUGGCCUGGAGGACCUCCACCAUGAGAACAUUGUCUACAGAGACUUGAAACCUGAAAAUAUCCUGUUAGACGAUUACGGCCACAUUAGGAUUUCGGACCUGGGCCUGGCUGUGAAGAUCCCUGAGGGAGACCUGAUCCGCGGCCGGGUGGGCACCGUUGGCUACAUGGCUCCAGAGGUCCUGAACAACCAGAGGUACGGCCUGAGCCCCGACUACUGGGGUCUGGGCUGCCUCAUCUACGAGAUGAUCGAGGGCCAGUCGCCCUUCCGCGGCCGCAAGGAGAAGGUAAAGCGGGAGGAGGUGGACCGCCGGGUGUUGGAGACGGAGGAGGUGUACUCGCACAAGUUCUCCGAAGAGGCCAAGUCCAUCUGCAAAAUGCUGCUCACCAAAGAUGUGAAGCAGAGGCUGGGCUGCCAGGAGGAAGGGGCUGCGGAGGUCAAGAGACACCCCUUCUUCAGGAACAUGAAUUUCAAGCGCUUAGAGGCCGGAAUGUUGGAUCCCCCCUUUAUUCCAGAUCCCCGGGCCGUGUACUGCAAGGACGUGUUGGACAUCGAGCAGUUCUCCACCGUGAAGGGCGUCAACCUGGACCACACGGACGACGACUUCUACUCCAAGUUCUCCACGGGCUCUGUGCCCAUCCCGUGGCAAAGUGAGAUGAUAGAAACAGAGUGCUUUAAGGAGCUGAAUGUGUUCGGACCCCACGGUACCCUCUCACCAGACCUGAACCGAAGCCACCCUCCGGAACCGCCAAAAAAAGGGCUGCUCCAGAGGCUCUUUAAGCGUCAGCAUCAGAACAAUUCCAAGAGUUCACCCAAUUCAAAGACCAGUUUUAACCACCACAUCAAUUCAAACCACGUGAGUUCAAACUCCACCGGAAGCAGCUAGUUGCAACUCUGGCCUGAAGUCCACGGUGGGACCAGCCUGGACCCUUCUUCUUAGAAGCAGAAUUGCAACCAGAGGAGCUCCCACCCUGGCGGGCAGGCGGGGAAGCCCUCCAGGAGCCGGGGAAGGAGGCCGCCCACCCCUGAGAUGGGGAGCCUCCCAGUUCCUCAAAGAGAUUUCCACUCAGGUCUGUGUUUGGAGGCGGCCCUCGAGCCAAGAUGGAUUGGACGUGUCUCUGGCGAACAUUGCAAUAGAAAUCCAAUCGGAUACAACUUGCACGUAUUUUAAUAGCAUCCUAAUAACUAGAACUGAAUUUUGUCUUUAUUAUUUUUAAAGAAAAGUUUUGUAAAUUUCUCUAUUGUCUCAGUUUACAUUUUGUAUAUUUGUAUUUAAAAGAAAGUCAGACUUUGAGGGUGUAUAUUUUCUGUGCAGCCACUGUUAAACCAUGUGUUUUAAGACAUUUUAGAGGGGGGUUGGUGGGAGGGGGGAAUUUACAACAGCAAUGAAAAAUGUGACUCAAGACUUCCAGAGCCUCAAAUGAGAAAAUGUUUUUAUUAAAUGUAGAAAAUGAUCCACACUUCACCUUUAAAGGAUUGGUUGUAUCCAUCUCUAUAAGCUUUUCCUCCAUUGGCACCCUUGUUCUGUUGGUUUGUAACCAUCUGAAUUAAAUGCCCAAAGGCACACUGGGACAUCACCCCCAGCCAGAAUAUCUUCCACUGGGUGCGUGGAGUCACCUGAGCUCUGCUCCAUCAAAACAUGCAGUUUCCCUUUGGGGGCGCAUGAUGCCACCGUUGCUUCAGGCUCGGCCUCCUCUUCCUUCUGAAAGGCAGCCAGUACUUGGAGCUGAGAGUCUUCAGCACAAUGGUGUCUAGGCCUCUUUCUUUCUGAGCAGGUUCUGACUGCUGGAGCCAGUAUGUUUUCAAGAGUCUUGCAUUUCGGGAUCACUUUAGUCUAUUUUAAAGAGACACAUAGCAAAGAUAAGUAGUCAUGGAACCCCAAGAGUCCCCAGCCCUUCCAGCCCAUGGAAGCAUCAGGGGGCAGAGGUCUUGGGUUUGUAGAGGGGAGAGUGGUUUGCCCAGGGCCUCCAGGCACAUCCCUUGAGUAUACGGAUCAGAGGGUCUGGAGAGCUUCGAGGGGCCCAGGUGACAUGGAUGGAUGGAUGGAUGUGGUUGGUUCUCCAAGCAAAUGGGAGAGGAUGGGCCACCAAAGAAGCUCAGGCCUCACCGUCCCUUCUGGGCGAGGGAGGGCAGAGGCACGUAUUAACUGGGUAUCUCAAAUCUCCAGGCACAAGCAGCCCCAGGAGGACUUGGUGGCUUUGCCAGCCCAGGGCCUCUAAAGGGCCCUUUGAGCAUGGCCGUCCAGCCCCAGGUUGCCUCCGGCCUUCCCCUGCUGCCGUCACAAGAUGACAAGGAGCAAAUCCGCCUUUGCCUCCCCUCCCAGACAGGGUGAAAGGUCAACAUUCCAUGCUCCCCUGCCCGCCCAGUUGGCCUCGGUCAGACCUGGUCUCAGCCACCAGGCAGCUACCCGGGUUCCUCCCACCGUGGGCCCUGUACUUCCUUCUGCAACGUCUCUCAUCAAAAUACAGAUUCCGGGCUCCACCCCAAACCCACAGAACGGGGUUCUCUGGGAGUAGGUCCAGGAACCCGCUUCUUGAGAAAGCUUGCCUGGUCAUUUUGCUGCACCCCGGAGUGUGAGACCCACUGCCUUAGGCCACGCAUGGGGCUUCCGAUUCUCCCAAACGUAACUUCUCUAGCUGAGCAGGCAGCUUUGGAGCCUGAGGUUUCAGGAAGAGAGCAAAGCCAGUGUGUCAGCCUUGUGCGCAGUUCCCAUGCUCCUUCCCCAAACCUUGCCACUGGGUCUGGGCGCUAGACAGGCACCUGACCUUUGCAACUGACCAUUUUGAGGCCAUUUUACAAGCAAAGAGGAGCCAGGAAACAGCUGGGCUUCCCUCAGAUCCCUUUAAUACAGUAUUAUUUUCUUCAAGACCAGCUCAUGUCUCCAAGGCUGCUUCCCUUCACUUUCCUGGGCUGAGCACAAGAUGAAUACAAACAGCCAUACUGAAUUUUUGCUGAGGAAGUGGAGCUCUUUGACCAGUAUUUUAAGAUCCUCAAGCUCGGACUGACCUUCCUUUCUUAAUGGAAAGAGGGACAGUCAUCCCGCUGGGAGAGUCACCAGCCCACGCCACCACCCUCCUGUCCAGAAGUUUCAUUCAUUUUGCCGUGUUCACAGCGACCCAAGCUUUUCCAAAUCGACUGGUGUGCAGAAGUCCGUCUCUUUGCACCUCAAAGCCAAUGCACUGUCGGUUUGCAUUAAGCAUCCUCAAGGAGCAAGAAAGAAAACAUGAAUCAGUGUGUUUCUGCGUUGUGAGAGCAGAGAUGCUGAAAGCACAGAGCUUUGCAUGGCUCUUAGACUCACAGGCGUCUUCCUUCACAGUCACUACCUGCCCCCAAGCGCCCAGAGGACGCAGAGUCAGACUCGCUGGCCUUUGCAAUCCUGCUCUUCCUUUAGGCCCAUCGCUCUAUACAGAGAAGGGGUAUCUUCAUUUAGAAUAGUGCCUGAAAGUCAGCCCCCUCCCCUCGGGGUACCCACAGGUCCUGCCCCUGAUGCCCCGACCCUGCACCAACCCCCCACCACAAGCGUCUACUCUGGCUUGUUUUCUAUAGCUGCAUUUCUUAAAAGAUUUCUUUUUAAUUAAGAAGAAAACUUCCUACCACCCACCUGUCCAGGAUGAGGCAUAUAUGGACAGUGAGUAGAUUUAAAUCUUUUUACUGCAUUGGAGCUUUUCAUGGAAGAGCCUUUCUUCCUCCAAGUCAUGAUGUUCUUCUCACCAGACCUCCGCUGAUUUUGUGCCUUUGACGAGAGACACAGGGUCUCGCAAAAGCGUGUCUGCUUCCACUUUUCAGGAUACAAGCCGCUGUACCCAGUGGGAUGGGGGUGGUCUCUCUGCCAUGAUCACUAUGACCCAGGAGUGUUUCUCGAGCCCCUGGUGGGGGAGUUCUCCCAUAAUAUCGCUCUUAAGAUCACAAAGACCCAACCCCACCUUCCUGGAGGAUGGCACCACCUCCCACAACAAUUCAUCCUCUGAUCUUUCUAGGCCAGAUCAUCACUUUAAAAACCACGAGGCUUCUUGAAAGGGCAGCUGGCUGGCACAGUUGCCAAGUGUUACUCUGUCUUGAGCAGCCCCAGGAGGGCUUCUUUCCUGAAAUGCACUGCUCUUAGCAAAGGGGAGCCUCCGUCUCAGAGGCCAUGCUCCCCAGAAGCUCACAGUGGGGUCUGGUGUAUGCACGCUUCUCAGGCAGCCCAUGGGGGCAAAUGGCAGUGAGUUCUGAGAUCACGUGUGGGGAUGCAGCCUUGGCAUCCAAGGCACAGGUGGGAUGUGGCCACCUGCCCUUGAACCUAGCAAGCCCGGAUGAUGUUGAGGGCCUGCCCUCCGAGAGGCAGGGGGUGUCCAUGCUAUCCCAAGGUGUCCAGCUCACCGCGGAAGCUCCUCAUUUUUUCACACCCUGUUCUCCCCCGUCCCUCAAAGUUUUCCCACCAACUUUCUCACUCAAACUGCUGACCCAGACCUCAAUACAGAGGGAGCCCCGCAGCCCCCUGAACUUGGCACCCUAGGCCUCGGCCAAGGGGAACAGCUGCCUUGCCGACCAUCAGCAGUCUCCAGAUAUGAAGAGGGGACACCAGUCGGGGUGACGCUGGGCUCGCCUCUCCGUUUGCUGUGAGCUUGUGUACCUGGGGGCAAUCCCUCUGGUCGUCUCCUGUUCUCUAGCUCCACACUCUGAAGUAGGACCUCCUAACAUUUUAGCCUUUGUACAGAAAGCAUGUGAAAUCUUUGUGCAUCUCCAAGCACAGGGCUGUGAGUCGCUAAUGGCAGAGAGCUCACGUCUUUCUGAUCACAACAGACCGAGACGGUGACACUUCGUCCCCCGAGACCCCUUCUGUACCUACAACCAACCAGCCCAGCUUUUCAAGCUCCAGCAGGUGUGGGUGCUCAUCACGUCUAACUUUAAAGGCUUGUGCUGUGGACAGUGGCUAAAACUUUUGAAAUGCUAGCUCUCCUUCGGAGGGAAAGACACACCCCAAAAGAAGAAUCUAGACGUCUUGCUCCAGUGCAUCACUAAGUUAUUUUUGUAAUAGAUCAGAAGCAAGUGUUCUCAAUUAGAAGAGCUUUGUGGCUGUUGGUAGUGCAAAAAUAAUAAUCCUUCUAGUAUCCAAAGGUUUUUUUUUUUUUUUCAGGGAAAUUUUAACAUUGAUGAAUAAAAAUAGUUCCGUUUUGGAGGUUGUUCCUGAAGAUACCGGCUUUUGUUCUCCUGCUGCUCUGAAUCUUUGUAUGUUUCCUCGAAUAUGUCACAGUGCUGCUGUAUCUAGAUCAAACCACUGUUGUUUUGGUUUUUGUUUUUUUUUUUUUAAGAGAAAUAAAUUCAUUA